AUGACGUUCAAUGUAUCGCAUGUGAUCAACUCGCUCUCCUUUGGAGCCAAGUUUCCAGGCCUAGUCAACCCCCUAGACGGGGUGAAAUGGAUACAGGAGAAGGACCCCGGCAUGUAUCAGUACUUCAUCAAGGAGAAGGACCCCGGCAUGUAUCAGUACUUCAUCAAGGUGAGACAGGAGAGUCCACUCAAAGCCAUGUCGUUGCACACUCAGGUCGAGAAGGGGAAAUGGAUACAGGAAGUAUUGGUACUCAUGUACCAAUACUUCAUCAAGGUGAGGUUGCCUGUUUCGUCAACUCAAAUCCCGGCAUGUACUGCUUUAUCAAAUGACGGAGCACUUCCGGCCGACAGAAAUGGGUCACAGCAGCCUGCCAGGCGUAUACGUCUUCUUCCUUCCCUCCCUUGCUGCUCCACACAUGCAUUCGGCCCACAAUGCAACCUACUCGUCCCUCCUCCUUUCUUCCUCUCCCUCCCCCAGUUUUCAGUGACGGAGCACUUCCGGCCGUCAGAGAUGGGUCACAGCCUGCCAGGCGUUUUUUUCUUUUACGACCUCUCGCCCAUCAAGGUUCGCUUCACAGAGCAGAACACAUCCUUCCUCCACUUCCUCACUAAUGUCUGCGCAAUCAUAGGAGGAGUGUUCACCGUGACUGGGAUAAUAGAUGCUGUGGUUUACCAUGGGCACAAGGCUAUCAAGAAAAAGAUGGAAUUGGGAAAGCUUAGCUAA